AGUGCACUGACUGUGAAAAGAACUUUAACCAGUUACACAGCCUGAAAAAGCAUCACACCAUUCACAGUGAGGAGAGAUAUUAUACAUGUUCUGUGUGAGGACAAGCUUCAACUGAUUGUCGGACCUGGAGAGACACAAGGACACGCACACCAUGGGGAAACCAUGGAAAUGUGGGGACUGUGAGAAGGGAUUCAAAUCCCCAUCUGACCUGGAAACUCAUCGCCGCAGUCACACCGGGGAGAGGCCAUUCACCUGCUCUGUGUGUGGGAAGGGAUUCACUCAGUUACCUCACCUGCAGACACACCAGCGACUUCACACUGGGGAGAGGCCCUUCACCUGCUCUGAGUGUGGGAAGGGAUUCACUCGGUCAUCCAAUCUGCUGACACACCAGCAAGUUCACACUGGGGAGAGGCCGUUCACCUGCUCUGAGUGUGGGAAGGGAUUCAUUCAGUCAUCCAAUCUCUUGACACACCAGCACAUUCACACUGGGGAGAGGCCGUUCACCUGCUCUGAGUGUGGGAAGGGAUUCAUUCAGUCAUCCGACCUGCGGACACACCAGCGAGUUCACACUGGGGAGAGGCCAUUCAUCUGCUCUGAGUGUGGGAAGGGAUUCAUUCGGUCAUCCCAACUGCGGACACACCAGCGAGUUCACACUGGGGAGAGGCCGUUCACCUGCUCUGAGUGUGGGAAGGGAUUCAUUAAUUCAUCAAACCUGCGGGCACACCAGCGAGUUCACACUGGGGAGAGGCCCUUCAGCUGCUCUGACUGUGGCAAGAGAUUCACUCGGUCAUCCCAUCUGCAGACACACCAACGAGUUCAUACUGGGGAG